CAAUCUACUUAAUUACCUUUUCGUUGGGUUUGAUUUUGCUCAUGACAAAUCCAUAUCUCCAACCACUACUAACUAAAAUUCCUAGGCAAACUAUUCUCUCUCUCUAUUAUAUAAGCAAAUAAACCAAGUCACACAAACAAUCAAAAAUGAAUUCAAAAGAAGAGUUAACAACAAAGCCAUUCAAAGUAACGGUGACAAAAGAAGAGGUGGUUGCACCACUUCUACCACUACAAGAGCAUUGGCUACCGAUGUCCAACCUCGACCUCCUCUUGCCACCGCUUGAUUUUGGGCUUUUCUUCUGCUACAAGAAACCUAUAACCGCGGUGGCAGAGGAGCAUGUAGACGAGAUUCCAAUAUCAUUAUCGGUGUUUGGGGUUUUGAAGAAGGCCUUGGCUCAAGCUCUUUUGCCCUACUAUGCCUUUGCAGGCGAGGUGGUGAAGAACUUGAGCGGGGAGCCCGAGCUUCAAUGCAACAACCUUGGAGUUGAUUUCAUUGAAGCAUUUGCGGAGGUUGAGCUUAAAGAGCUCAACUUUUAUAACCCUGAUCACAGCAUCGAGGGCAAGUUUGUUCCCAAGAAGAGCCCGGGGCGAGUUCUCGCUGUCCAGGCGACUGAGCUCAAGUGCGGUGGAGUGGUGGUCGGAUGUUCAUUCGACCACCGCGUAGCCGACGCAUACUCAGCCAACAUGUUCUUAGUCUCAUGGGCCGAACUCGCUCGCUCCAAACCCCUCACACACCUUCCAUCCUUCCGCCGUUCCCUUCUCAACCCGCGCCGCCCAGGCCACAUAGAUCCCGCCUUCGAACACAUGUACAUCCCAGCAAUGCCGCCGCCACCCGAAGACCCCUCAGCUCCCCCAACAGACCACCUCAUCAGCCGCAUAUACCACAUCAAAGCCGAAGAACUCAACAAACUCCAAACCCUAGCUAGCUCGAAUAACAAGAGAAGAAGCAAACUCGAAUCUUUCAGCGCAUAUUUAUGGAAGUUAGUAGCCAAAAGCUCUCCCAACACCGAUUCCGAAAAGCCAUGCAGGUUAGGAAUCGUCGUAGAUGGAAGAAAAUGGUUAAGCAAAGGCGAUCAACAGACAACAAUGUCUUCUUACUUCGGAAACGUGUUGUCCGUACCAUUUACGGGAAAGAAAGUGAGUGACCUAAUCGAAGAGCCUUUGAAUGAAGUGGCUAAUGAAGUUCAUGAGUGUUUGGGAAAAGCAUUAAGGGAGGAACAUUUCUUGGGGUUGAUUGAUUGGGUUGAGAAACUUCGUCCGGUUCCGGGUAUGACUAGGAUUUAUAGUUACCGGAGAGAAGAUGGGCCUUCUUUUGUGGUGUCUUCCGGGCAGAGGUUUCCGGUUUCGGAUAUCGAUUUCGGGUGGGGCAAACCGUUUUUCGGGUCGUACCAUUUCCCUUGGGGUGGUGAUUGUGGGUAUGUGAUGCCCAUGCCGAGUCCGAGUGGGAAUGGAGAUUGGAUUGUGUAUAUGCAUCUCUUUAGGUGGCAACUUGAGGUGAUUGAGUUGGUUGGUUCUAAGGUCUUUAAGCCAUUGACUUUUGAUUACCUAAUCAAUUGUCAUUAUUGAAUAUUUAUAAUAAUAUUGGUUUUGUAAUUUCCCUCUCUCAAUUAUUGUUUCCAAACCUACAAAACUAUAAAAUUACAUAAAAAGAAUGUGUGUUUAAACAAUAAUUGUUCUCUACGUACAUUGUAUUUUAAUAUAGGUAUGUGAAACAAUUAUAAAAAGAAGGAUUUUUUUUUU